AUCAAAGAAGGUAACAAGUGGAAAACGGCCUUUAGGACACCCUAUAGCCACUAUAAGUACCUUGUCAUGCUAUUCAGACUUACAAACGCGCCGGCAACGUUCCAAGCCCUGAUUGAUCAAGCUAUCCGACCCUUUCUCGACAAAUUUAUAGUAUGUUAUCUCGACAAUAUACUUAUCUUCUCUAAGACGAUAGACGAAUACUAG